AUACUGCAUCGCGAUUGGUACUUGUAGCUGGAGUAGCUUCGGAAGGGGAGACGUUAGGGUUUCACUGAGCUUCCAUGGAGCUGAGAUCUCGGCGAUGCCCGUCCGAGCAGCUAGACGGCGGACCGGACCGCAUCAGCGUCCUCCCGACGACCUGCUCCUCCUCAUCCUCGCCCGACUCGGAUGCGCCGGCGCCGCCGCGCGCACCGGCGUCCUCUCCCGCCGGUGGCGCGGCCUCUGGCCCCGCCUCCGCCAGAUCGUGUUCCGCGACGUCCCCUACGCUUCGCUCGAAGCGGCGCUCGGCGGCGUCUCUCGCCCCCCUCCCCCGGUUUCCCUCCUCGAAUUCCGCAUCCCCGACAAGCGCCUCCCUGGGCAUCGCAGGCCCGACUCCGCCGGCAUCAACUCGCUGCUGCUCGCCGCAGCGGGGCUCGAGCCGGAGUCGCUCGUCGUGGCUCUCCCCUCGCACUUAAUAGGCUGUACCCUCGUCCUCGACCUGCCUUACUUCCACCGCGCCGCCUCCAUCGUGCUGGACAUUUGUUCCAUCCUCAGCGUGCCUGCCGGCGUCGAGUUCCCCGCGCUCGAGACGCUGUCUUUGUCGUGCUUCCUUCCCGACCUUGACUCCUUCAUCCCCUGCUGCCCGCGCUUGCGCACGCUCCGGCUUGGCAGCCUCCUUUUGGGCGUCCUGUGCCUCAACUCUGUGUCGCUGCAGGAGCUUGUGGUGGAUCGCGAGGCAGGAUUGACAGACCAUAUCAGCAUCGUUGCCCCCGUGCUCAGGCAAUUGACCAUGUCCUUCAUAUCCUCGAACCCCAGCAUCUCCGUCUCGGCACCAAUGCUGGAGAAGGUCUCAUGGCGCUGCUGCUAUAACGACGGCUCUAUUGUGUUUGGUUUUUGGCUACUGGAGGAGGUGUUACUACGGACAGCAGAGACACAAGGACAACUCUCUUCGCUGCACAUUCAUUUUGGCGCCAGAUCGUUGAUUUUUCAUGGUGAAGCGGAUACCAUUACUCAGGAUAUAGAAAAGCAUAUGAUUGCUGAGUUUUCUAUUUUGGAACUACAUCUCCGAACAAGUGGACAUAUGUUUGGAGCACUCGCGUUUUAUCUCCUAGGGAGUAAUCGAAUUUGUACUACUACUAGCACAAAUGCCCGUGCGUUGCAACGGGAGAAACAAACUCUCGCACACCCUAGCGAGCAAUCCGUGUUGUCACUUCUCCUCUUUGGCAUCAUUGUCGAUGGUGGUCACUUGUGUAACUAUUUACGAAAAAGGUUAUCAAUCCCUAUGCGGUGA